AUGAAUACUGAAAUAGAAAUUCAGAAUGUAGGAAAUAUUCCUGUAGCAGAAACUGAACCAGUUGUUGUACAACACCAUCGUUUAAGUUCAACAAUGUCUAUUAUUAUAUUUUCUUAUAUUGGUGUAUUAAUUCGUCUCGGUCUAGCUUUUCUUGGAAAUGAUAAAACACCAUUAUGUGCAGCUUUUUGGCCAAAUUUUGUUGGAUGUUUUAUAAUGGGUUUUGUUGUUGAACAAAAAAUACAUAUUCACAAACAUUUCACUCAAUUAUAUAUUGGUUUAACAACUGGUCUAUGUGGUUCAAUUACUACAUUUUCGGGAUUAAUGUAUGAUUCAUGCUUAGCAUUAUUUGGUCCAUCAAGUCAUUUUACAUAUCCUGUAUCGAAUUAUUUUGCUGUGAUAUUUUCAGUUUUUUCUGCAUCAUUUAUUGGAUUUAUAGUUGGUCGUCAUUUAAGUAUGUUUGUUUUUCCAUCAUCAUCAGAAAAAGUUCCAUAUUCAAAUGAAUUUGUACAAAUUUGGCUUUUUCCACUAUUGAUUAUUCUAAGUAUUCCAUUAUUAGUUCUUUUAGCUGUUCUCGUACCAGUUGGUCAUUAUACAUACUUUAUUUAUUCCGUCAUAUUUGCUCCAUUUGGUUCAUUAACUCGAUACAUAUUAUCAAUUGUUUUUAAUACCAAUUCAAACUUUCCACUUGGAACUUUAUUAGCUAACGUAAUUGGUUCAUAUAUUUAUUUAGGAAUGGUAGCAAUAAAUGAAUAUGUGCAUACAUUAUCUCCUCUAAUUAAACAAAUAAUUAUUAGUAUUAUACAAGGUUAUUGUGGAUGUUUAACAACCGUUUCAACAUUUAUGUUAGAACUAGAUACAAUAAAAAAACGCAAAUAUAUUUAUGCCUAUGUUAUAAUUACUUUAGUACUCAUACAAAUAGUUUACAUUAUUUUGGCCAGAAAAUUUUCAUUUCUUUGUUCACCACAAUCAUAG